AAAAUACUGUCAAAAUUGACAAACAUUUCGUGUGAUACAAAUGUAAUAUUAUUGCAUAUAUUGUUUUCAUUGUGAAUUUACACGAGGACACGAAUAAAAUAUCAUAAUCAAAUAUUUUAAACAUCACUUAGUAUCCCGGAAAGUGUCACUAUGGAGAAAAGUGGUAAACGACGAUAUUCUUCGGACUCUGAUAGUGCUGAAGAGACACGGCGUAAAGAUUUAAAAGAACGCGAUGAGUUUGCAAACCGGCUGAAGAAACGAGAUGAGAAUAAGGUAAAGAAGGUGACUGAGACAUCUAGUAAACGCUCCUAUGAAGAAGCUGCGAAACGCUUAAAGCUGGAAUCCGAAGAUCGAGAUAAAAUCCUGCCCAAGCUUCGAGUCCAAUCCCGUAGGAAGUAUUUAGAGAAGAGAAAGGACGAUAAGGUUAUAGAAUUAGAGGCUGACAUAGCUGACGAUGAAUACCUGUUUGAUGAAAGCAUCUUAACUGAGAGAGAGAAAAAAGAAAGAGAACACAAGAAAACAUUGUUAAAAUUAGCAAAAGAACAUGAAAGGGCUCGAGAACUUGAAAAUGUACAAAGAUAUCACAUGCCACAAGAUUUGGGAAAAGGUGAAAAGGGAGAAUAUAUUGAAGUUGAUGAUAAUGAAAAGUUGCCUAAUUCUGAACAGAGGAAAUGGGAGCAGGAGCAAAUCAAAUCAGCCUUUUUUACAUUUGGGGCAAAAGAUGCAAAAGCACAAGAUGAAUAUGAGUUACUACUGGAUGAACAAAUUGACUUUAUUCAAGCCCUACAGUUGGAUGGGACAAAGGAAAAAAAAGAAGAGGCUGAAAAGUCUGAAUAUCAAAAAAUGCGCAUGACAAUUGAAGAGACAAAAAAAUCACUUCCUGUAUUUCCAUUUAGGGACUCCCUAAUAGAAUCAAUAAAGAAAUUCCAAAUACUGAUUGUGGAAGGAGAAACAGGGUCUGGUAAAACCACACAAAUACCACAAUAUCUCCAUGAAGCAGGAUUUACUAAAGAUGGCAAAAAAAUUGGUUGCACACAACCAAGAAGAGUAGCUGCAAUGUCAGUAGCUGCUAGAGUUGCACAAGAAAUGAAUGUCAAAUUGGGCAAUGAGGUUGGAUACAGUAUAAGAUUUGAAGACUGCACAUCUGAUAGAACAGUUAUUAAAUAUAUGACAGACGGCACAUUACACAGAGAAUUCCUGUCAGAACCUGAUCUAGCUUCUUACAGUGUUAUGAUCAUUGACGAGGCUCAUGAACGUACACUACAUACUGAUAUCUUAUUUGGUCUGGUUAAAGAUAUAACCAGAUUUAGGCCCGAUCUUAAGUUGCUUAUAUCUAGUGCAACACUUGAUGCAGAAAAGUUUUCAAAAUUCUUUGAUGAUGCUCCAAUUUUUAGGAUUCCAGGCAGAAGAUUCCCUGUAGACAUUUAUUAUACCAAAGCACCAGAGGCUGACUAUGUUGAUGCCUGUGUUGUAUCAGUGUUACAAAUACAUGCUACUCAGCCACUUGGAGACAUCCUUGUAUUUCUCACAGGCCAAGAAGAAAUUGAGACUUGUGUGGAAAUGUUGCAAGAAAGGACCAAAAGAAUUGGUAAAAAAUUGAGGGAACUUGUAAUUUUACCUGUGUAUGCAAACUUGCCUAGUGAUAUGCAGGCAAAAAUAUUUGAACCAACUCCUGAAGGAGCUCGAAAAGUUGUGUUAGCUACAAAUAUUGCUGAGACUUCAUUGACAAUAGAUAAUAUUAUUUAUGUCAUUGAUCCAGGUUUUGCCAAACAAAACAACUUUAAUUCUAAAACAGGAAUGGAAAGUCUAAUGGUAGUGCCCAUUUCCAAAGCUUCUGCAAACCAAAGAGCAGGCAGAGCUGGACGUGUCGCCCCUGGGAAAUGUUUCAGGCUCUACACUGCCUGGGCAUAUAAGUAUGAGCUGGAAGACAACACUGUUCCAGAAAUUCAACGAAUUAAUUUAGGAAAUGCUGUGCUCACUUUGAAAGCUUUGGGAAUAAAUGAUCUUAUCCAUUUUGACUUCUUAGAUCCUCCACCACAUGAAACAUUAGUUCUGGCGUUAGAGCAGCUCUAUGCUCUAGGUGCUCUUAAUCAUCAUGGUGAACUGACUAAAGCAGGUAGAAGAAUGGCUGAAUUUCCAACUGAUCCUAUGCUAGCUAAAAUGCUGUUAGCUAGUGAAAAGUACAAAUGUUCAGAAGAAAUUGUAACAAUUGCAGCCAUGUUAUCUGUGAACAGUUCCGUAUUCUACCGGCCUAAAGAUAAAAUAAUACAUGCAGACACUGCCAGGAAAAACUUCUUCCAUCCCCGUGGAGACCACUUGACUUUAAUGAAUGUUUACAAUCAAUGGCUUGGUUCAGAUUAUUCAGUGCAGUGGUGUUAUGAGAACUUUGUGCAGUAUAGGUCUAUGAAAAGAGCAAGGGAUGUUCGGGAGCAGCUAGCUGGUUUGAUGGAGAGAGUCGAAAUAGAUAUGGUUUCAAGCAUAUCUGAUGACACCAACAUUCGAAAAGCUAUUACUGCUGGUUAUUUCUACCACAUCGCCAAAUUUUCAAAAGGUGGACACUAUAAAACUGUAAAACACAAUCAAACUGUCAUGAUUCACCCUAACAGUGCUUUGUUUGAAGAGUUGCCUCGCUGGGUGAUAUAUCAUGAGCUUGUAUUCACUUCAAAAGAGUUUAUGCGGCAGGUUACAGAAAUAGAAAGCAAAUGGUUAUUAGAAGUGGCUCCACAUUAUUACAAAUCGAAAGAAUUGGAAGAUUCCACUAACAAGAAAAUGCCUAAAACUGUGGGCAAAUCUGCAAAUAGUUAAUAGAAAAUAAACUCAACAGAAUUUUAUUUUUUA